CUUUGCACAUGCAAAUUUGCAUACAGCCUUUUGUGCUGUGGAGUAUAAAUAAGGGACUGCUUCACCUAUUUAGUUCACAAGAAACAAAAUGCAGACGAGGUGCACCACUCAGAAGGCAUUGGAACUGAUUCAGAGCAGUGCCAGCCCUUGUGAUUCAGAUGGAGAAGACAUAGACCUUCAACCGGAUUCGGACUCUGAGCUGUCUUCAGAUGAGGAGACUCUCCCUCCACCACAAAAGAGAGCUCGUUUGGGGAGUGAGCCGUCACAGACCGCGAAAGAUGGCACAGUGUGGCGUGAAGAACAAGUGGGGACACAUCUCGAUUUCACUCCAAUAGAGCCGUACGCCACAGAUGGAGAGCCAAGCGCUGAGGCCAGACGAAGUAUCCGGAGUCGCCUUCAGAGCUUCCUCUGUUUUAUCACUCUUGACAUGCUUCGAAGCAUUCAAGAAUGGACAACUCAACAUGCACGUCACACGGAGCAGCAGGAUUGGUUUAUGGAUCUCCCGGAACUAAUGGCAUUUAUUUCAGUCAUUAUCUUGCGGGGGGUGAACAAGGUUCCAUCACUAUGUGACAGCUGGUCAGCAAACCUGGGAAACCCAAGGAUCAUUGCAACUAUGGCCCGAAGCCGCUUCCAAAACAUCAUGCGACACCUACGCUUUGAUGACAUGCUUACACGCAGUGAGCGAGCGGAGACCGAUAAGUUUGCUGCAAUCUCCGAUGUUUGGGGAUCGUUUGUCACUAACUGCAUCGCAUCCUACAACCCUGGUCGACACAUCAAUAUUGAUGCACAGCUUUAUCCAUCAAAGACUCGCUGCUGUUUCCUGCAAUACAUUGCAACAAAACCGGACAAGUUUGGCAUCAAGUUUUGGGUGGCUUGCGACGUGAAAUCACAGUACAUCUGUAAUGCCUUCCCAUAUCUUGGCAAGGACCCCAGUCGUCCCAGCGGGGAGAGACUGUCCGAGACUGUAGUGAUGAGGCUGAUGGAACCGUUCAUGGACAAGGGCAGAACUGUAACCACGGACAAUUUCUUUACAUCACUGUCACUUGCACAACGACUGCUUAGCCGGAAAACCACUAUCCUCGCACAGUCAACAAGAGAAGCCGGGAAAUUCCUCAAUCCGCUAGACAGAUGGAUCGCACUGAAUUCACCACUCAGGUGUUUUCAACCACUGGUGCCACGCUGACGGUGUAUGCGCCCAAAAGGAAGAAGGCCGUUUACGUUCUCAGCAGCAUGCACAGCGUGGUUGAGACUGAGGAUACCACCAAAAGGAAGCCAAACACGGUCACACAAUACAACAAAACAAAGUGCGGUGUGGAUGUGAUGGACCAAAUGGUGCGGGAGUACAGCGUGCGUGCAGGAACACGGAGAUGGCCAGUUGCGGUGUUCUACAACAUGAUUGACAUGGCAGC